GAAGCAAGCGCAGCUCUGGCAUGAGCUACUUCCUUUGCUGUAGCUUGGUCUGCAGUCAUUCAUUGCCCUGGAGGAGGAUAGCUGUGGGAGAGACAGUUGCUUUUUGCCUCCCUGGGAGAAAUUGCCGAUGUGUUCUGUACUAGAGAGAAGAAGUCACACAAGGCACAAACCAUGAAUUACGUUGGCCAGUUAGCGGGGCAAGUCUUUGUGACAGUGAAGGAGCUCUAUAAAGGAUUAAAUCCUGCCACAUUGUCUGGAUGCAUUGAUAUCAUUGUUGUCCGCCAGCCUAAUGGAAACCUCCAAUGUUCACCUUUCCAUGUACGCUUUGGAAAGAUGGGAGUUUUGCGUUCUAAAGAAAAAGUGGUUGACAUAGAAAUUAAUGGAGAAUCUGUGGAUUUGCACAUGAAAUUAGGGGACAAUGGAGAAGCAUUUUUUGUAGAGGAAACAGAUGACAAACAGGAGGCAAUUCCAUACCACUUGGCUACAUCCCCGAUUCUCUCAGAGGGAGCUGCUCUCAUGGAAUCACAGCUGAAGAGAAAUUCUGUUGAUUGGAUAAGGAGCGUGGACACUGCUGGUCCUUCACAGCUAUCAGCCCCUACUUCUCCUUCUGCAGCUGAAUCCAUUUCCGCAAGUUGUUCUGUGAAGAAAAGGAGGAAGAGGAGAAGGAGAUCUGCCCAUAAAAUAGACACUUCAAAAAGAGAUGAAAAUGCAGAUACUACUGAAGAUGAAAACAUGUUCCCUAUAGAAAUGAGUUCAUCAGAAAAUGAGCUGCUAGAUACUAAUUCAAGAACAUCUGUCCCUGAUCUGUGCAGGGACGAAGUGAUUGAGGUGAUUUCUUCUAUAAAUGUGCUCACUCAUCCCCACUCAGAUGGAGAAUGGUCACCCAGACAAAGUAAACCUAGAACUUGCACAGGGAGGUCCUCUCAUCUCACUGUUCCAGCAGAGGGAGGCUUAUCUAGUUCUUGUCCUGACCCGUCUUCUCACUGUCCUGCUACAGACAGUCCUUCAGGUUCACGACCUCUCACUCCUAAAAGCGAUUCUGAAUUAGUUAGUAAGCCUCUGGAAAGAGGUGUUCAGAACAAUAAUCCUCAGAUGCAUUGGGACUGGGGAGAACUACCUCAAGCCACAAAGGCUGCUUCCCUGCACAAGCCAAAGGAACCUGGCCCUACUGUGAAUGUGAGUCCUUCUGGGAGCACUCACUUUCGAGUCAUCCAGAGCACUGAUACGGAAGAGGCGCAGAACCUCUCUUCCUUGCCUGCCCCUGGACACGAUGAGACUGUGUUGGUUCUGGAAGAAGUAGAGCUCCCGGCAGCUGCACCUGAGGUAACCAAGCCGGACGUUGAGACUUUAGGGGCGGCCGCCCCUCCGCUUCCUGCCAGUGAAGAAAUAAAACCAGCUAUGACUUGCUCGAUGCAGCUGCCAGCCAGCAGAACGGAUUCUCCCUCCAGAAAAAAAGAUAAACGGAGCCGACAUCUAGGUGCUGAUGGUGUUUAUUUAGAUGAUCUCACUGACAUGGAGCCAGAGGUUGCUGCACUCUAUUUUCCUAAAAAUGGUGACCAUCCUGCCCUCUUGAAGAAUACAGGUGAAAAUAGUCCCCGCUCAGCCAAUCAAUCCCCUCAAUCGGUUGGAAGCUCAGGUGUGGACAGCGGUGUAGAGAGCACUUCGGAUGGAAUCCGAGACCUGCCAUCCAUUGCCAUUUCACUUUGUGGGGGACUUAGUGACAAUAAAGAAAUAUCAAAAGAAAAGUUUUUAGAACAAGAAGUCACUUACCAGCAGUUUGUGGACAAUCCAGCUAUCAUUGAUGACCCUAACCUUGUGGUGAAGAUUGGAAACAAAUACUACAACUGGACCACAGCAGCUCCCCUCCUACUGGCAAUGCAAGCAUUCCAGAAACCUUUGCCAAAGGCCACUGUGGACUCUAUAAUGAGGGAUAAGAUGCCCAAAAAAGGUGGAAGAUGGUGGUUUUCAUGGAGAGGGAGGAGUAGCUCUAUUAAAGAGGAGGCAAAGCCAGCGCAAGGUCUCAGUGGAAAAGAAGAGAAGAAUAUUGCAGACAGAAUCAAAGAUGAAUCUUCUUCAAGUGAUGAAGACCACCGAACCACAAGUGAAGCCACUCACCUUCCACUGUUGUCUGGAAUAGGUUAUAAAAAGACUCUUCGACUCAGUUCUGAACAGCUUAAAAGUCUCAACCUUAAGAAUGGUCCCAAUGAUGUCAUUUUUAGUGUCACAACACAAUAUCAAGGAACAUGUCGCUGUGAAGGCACCAUCUACUUAUGGAACUGGGAUGACAAAGUCAUUAUUUCUGACAUUGAUGGCACCAUCACAAGAUCAGAUACUUUAGGUCAUAUUUUGCCUACUCUUGGCAAGGACUGGACACAUCAAGGCAUUGCUAAAUUGUAUCAUAAAGUGAGCCAAAAUGGAUAUAAGUUCCUGUACUGUUCAGCCCGUGCUAUUGGGAUGGCAGAUAUGACUCGAGGGUAUUUGCACUGGGUGAACGAGCGGGGCACGGUGUUACCGCAAGGGCCUGUGCUACUGAGUCCCAGCAGUCUGUUCUCAGCUUUUCACAGAGAAGUGAUAGAGAAGAAGCCAGAAAAAUUUAAAGUUCAGUGUUUAACUGACAUAAAAAACUUAUUUCAUCCUAACACGGAACCUUUUUAUGCUGCCUUUGGCAAUAGGCCUGCUGAUGUGUACUCAUACAAGCAAGUUGGGGUUUCACUAAACAGAAUAUUCACUGUUAAUCCAAAAGGAGAACUAAUUCAAGAGCACGCAAAGACCAACAUUUCAUCGUAUGCGAGACUUUGUGAAGUGGUGGAUCAUGUAUUUCCCUUGAUGAAAAGAAGUCAUUCUUCAGACUUCCCCUGUUCUGACACCUACAGUCAGUUCACAUACUGGAGGGAUCCAUUGCCACCUUUUGAAAAUAAUGAUGUUCAUGCUACUUUGCCAUAACUCUUUUGAAACAUCUUGGCAGCAUCUCAACAUCUCAGCUCUUCUGUGCUUCAGUUGUUCAGCUGGAUUUUGCGCUUCAAAUGGAAUUUGGGAUGUAGUGGUUAAAUGUCAGUUCAGAAAUUGCCUUUGUUCUUUAAAGUAAGAUUUCUGAAUGUUGCCCUCCCAGCUCUUCACCAGCAUCAUGCUCAAGAGGUGCCCAGUGCCAUAUAUUCUUUUUAAAAAGACAGUUCUGAGUGCCAUGAUACUGGGAAUCUCAAAAUCAAAGUCCUAUGUGGUCUUCAGUGUUUCCACGUGAGCUUUCAAAGCGAAGUGGUGUGUUUCUACCCUGAAGCAUCACUGGAGCCAUUCCAUCCCCUCCUUCUCAGGUAGAGGAAGAAGAAAUAACUUUAAGCAUCUGAGGUGUAACACAUACAUUUUCUAGCCCCCCAGUAUAUAAAAAAGUGAUCAACAAAAUAUGUUGAGAUCUAGUGAACAAAUUUCAAGUCUGUUGAUAAGCUUACCCAGCACCGCUAUCAUCACUAGCACUGUACUAGUUUGUAUUGAUAGGGGUACGAUUCUCAUCUCCAAUUCUGUUUGUCAAUAUACCAUUGCCAAAUUGUUCUUUCAAUUUCAUUAUCAGGAUGAAAACCUUUUUUUUAAAAAAAAACAUUGAAUGCACUUACAUUAUCAGUUGCAUGUGACUAGUUGGCUCUACUAAAUUCAGGCUAUAAUUUGCAAAAAGAAACUUUGAGCCUGCUACCAUUACUCUAUACUGUGUUUCAUCUUAAUCCUUCUGGAAGGUUUGGACCCACCAGAGGUCCUUCAGUGCAAUAUCUUUAUGGUCAUAGCUAGAGUUUACUCAUAUGACGUAUGCUUUUCAAACUGUGUGUACUUGGCAGUAGAGUCCUCUGCCUUUCCUGGUUUCUUCUUCCAUGAAGAGUGAUGCCAUUUAAACAUAUGUGUGCUCUUCCCAUCUAACAAAUAAUAGUACACAAGGGUUUCUGCUUUUAAUUGCAAGAGAAACAUGUCUGGAAGUAUUUUUAGUGAACUUCCUUGAAUUGCUUCAUUGCUGAUUCAGCAUAUUUUAUUUGCACUAUGUGUACUAGGGUAUGAGGUUUGAGGGAAGUGGCUGAUUGUAAAUCCUCUGAAGAUUUCUCUUUGGGGUUUCUUUCUUCUUUUUAUUUUACCGCCCAGUUUUGAGAUUAAUAUGAUUUUGGGUGCCGUACAAUAUAAAUCGCCAUUACUGAGAGUUUUUCCUUUACAUUUCAUUUUUUUUUCUUGAUAUAAUUAUGAGAAUUCAUAUCCUUCCUUUUUGUUUUGUUUUGUAUUAUUUGACUGCCUUGAGAUUCAACAUUAUAAGUGGAUAUUUUAGAUUAUUUUUCAGAGAAGCUGCUUUUACAAGUUGCUGGUCUUCUUUAAAAUGCAGGUUUCCAUUGUUUAUACUGUAUAUCAAAUACUCUUUUAACAAAACAAAAUUUUCUUUUCCUUCCUUUUAUUAAGCUAUUUCUUUUUUAUAUUUAUUGGAAGGUUGCUAUAUGAUCAGUUUAAAACUAGACAUAAUGCCAAGAGGCCUGAGGCCUGCUAAAUCUUUUUAAAGUUAGAGACUGGGCAAAAUUCAAAUGCUGCUGAGAUGGUUAGAAUGUAUUUUUUAAAAUCCUUCUCACUGUGUUUUCUAUCUGAAACUUAGCCCUAGUAGUUUUCUCUUACUGAUCUCUGAGUAGAUAAAUACCCCUAAGAAGAAAUUGUUUGGAAUCCUUCUCAUAUGCAUUUCAGAUAUACCUCAGUUGCCGUUAUAUAAAUUCUGCUUGGUCGGUCUCCAUUCUUUUAAAUGGGUUCUUGGAAUUCUCUUUAUUUGUAUUUCAUGAUUGCACUCUGAGCAGCUCCCAGAUACAGUGGCCAAAGCCAACUAAAGAUAAUUAUAAUAAAGUCGAUUACUUUCACCAACUUGACCUAGGCUGUUGUCCCAUAUAUAAUUGGGUCAGUAAAGUCAUUGGGCCUAACCUCUGACAAAAUAUAGAGGAUUGCUCUGUUAGUAGCCUCUGCCUUUAGCUGGAUUAGGUCCAAAAGCUGCAAGCCAAUUUUAACUAAAGAACUAUUUUAGAAUUUUUUUGCCAUUAAGUCAAUGGUGCUUUUAUCAUUGAUAGUGAAAGUUACAUUCAGUAUUGUAGCAUAUCAGCUCUUUACAUUUAAUGGGUUAAUUUCACACUGACUCCUACAGUACCCAGUCCCCUAAAUGAUUAUCCCAUUAGCUUUAUGGUGCAGCUGAUAUACCUACUCAGAAAUAAGCUCCCUUGAGUUCAUUUGGACUUCCUCAUACAUUAAUUGCAUCUAAAAUUUGCAACUUUAAUUCUGCAAGACAGCCCACAUGAUUAAGUCAUACGUCCUAGAUUCUGUUCUCGUCUUACAAGUUUGGAAUGAAAAUUGAUUUGAAUCAGGACUGUGGGACUAUAGCCAUGGCCCAGCUAGAAAUUGGUUUUAGAUUCACGCUUAAUGUCUUCUGUGCUGUUAAAUUCCUUAUGAAUAGACAACCCUUUCUGAAGCAGUAUCACUGUUUCCUCUGUUUACUGCUCUCAGCAGUCCAAAGCAGCAUAUAUAAAAUAAUUUAAAAUAAAUAAAUAACUGUAAAAGCCAGAGGAGCAAGUAAAGCCAAAACAGCUCCAGCCCCAAGGUCAUUUGUUUGAUGGGGAAGGAGAGAUGGGGCUGGGACUGAGUUCAUUUCUUUCUUUCCAACUCAGUUGAUCAGCCUUUUGAAAGAAGUCCCAUCUCUACAGCCCAAGCUGUUAAAAUUGAAGAGGAACUAUGUGUGCAUAGCCAUAUUUCUACAUGUUGUUUUCCUUCCACAUGCAUACAAGCAUGCUCUGUUUGUAUUCCAUUAGCUGAAUUAGGGUACUAAUGUUUGCAAUGAGAUUAAACAUCUAUAAUACCUGUUGGUACUAACACUCCUUGCAAUUGCAAAAAUUUUAGGACUACAAAUUAUGUCUCCAACCUGGCUAAAGUUAUGAUGAAGAUCCAAAUGAAAGUAAUUUGCAAUUAACAUUGCAAUUCUUAGUACCCUUAUCAGCAGGUAAUUGAUAAAGAUUGAGUUGGAUGCAUAGGAAUAGCUCACACAUUCCACUCCAUUGCCUUGAAUAGGAUUUUGUCAUUUUGCUGGCCUGUGACAUCUCCUAUACACAUUAAGUAGUAUGAUUGCUGGGAUUACGGAAGUCUUUCCCCCCCCCCCCCAUUAUUUCUGAAUGUAUGUUGAUUCCUAAAUCUGGGCAAUAUCAGGGUGCAUAAAGAAAUACAGGUACUGAUCCAAAACCAGCAUCGUUUUAAGCUCUUUAAUAUUACCAAAUUACUAGUUGAACAAAAUGAAAUCCACUUUUCAGGUCUAAGAACAUGAUUAUUGAUUUAGCAGCAUUUCAUAAUCCAAAAAGUCUAGCAUGGGGAACAGAAAGCCAUGGAAAACUUGUUUCAAUAUUAUCACUUUUGGAGAGAUGUAUCUCUUAUUGAAGAAUGCCUCUUUUCUUCAUUUCUCUCUCUCUCAUGUACACUGUGGCCACUUUGUAUUUGGUAUUUGUUUACUCAAUACAAAAGGGGCAUGAUCCAGCUAAGGUUAAAAAAUAGUGUUGUAUAGAGCUUAGAAUCCAAUUCCCAAAAGGUGCUUUGGUGCAGCUGCUUUACAAGUUGCAGACAGAUGCUAUGCUCCCUCUCUGCUCUAAACACUUUUUGGGAGAUUGAAUCUGAAGUUCUGCCCAGCCCUAUUAAACAGGUUUCAUUCCCAUUUACUUUAAUACAAGAGUUUCCUAGUGCUGCCAGAGAUUAGUGAGAUUCAGUACUUGGUCCAUGUAGAUUGUUUCCUUAUUCUAGCUUUUUAAGGAUGAAAUUUUUGUCUUAUAAACAGGCCUUAUUUUUGAGAACUAUUCAUAAACCAACAGUAAAUAUUUUCAGGAAAUGAAUGGCCUCCUGGCUAAACUGGGAAUUCUUGGGUGGGUCUGCCAUGAUUUUAGGAGACAGUAAAUGAUCUCAACUAACACAUACUCUAUUGUGAUAAUACCUGAGGCAAACUGUGGAUUUCUGUAGGAAAAUGUGAAACUACUUGCAGAAACCUUGGCAAAU